AUGUCAGAUCCACGUACAGGCCAGCUCUCCCUGACUCAGCCGCCGCCUCCGGGCGAGCUGGCUGGCGCAGGUGACAUCUCGGAACGACAAGGGACGAAGUUGAAUCUGAUAGCUACAUGGAGUCAGAAGAGGUCUGAUUUGUUGGAAAUUCUAUCUGAGAAAUGUGUUGGUUCUUGGCGCUCUCGAGGAUAUUAG